AUGCUCGGGUCUGCUGCACGCGUUGUUCGACUCGCUCGUCCAAAAUCCAUCGCACCCGCGAGGACAUUCACUUCUUCGAGGCGGGUAUGUUCCAGCAUCCCUUCACUCGACACGUUUACGGAGGAGGAAGUUAUGCUCCGGGAAACUGUCAAACGCUUUGCGACUGAAGUUGUCCAGCCAAAGGUCCGGGAGAUGGAUGAGAACGAGAUGAUGGACCCCGCUAUCAUCCAGGGACUCUUCGACCAAGGCUUAAUGGGCAUCGAAACGAGUGCGGAACAUAGCGGGGCAGAGUCUUCGUUCACUUCUGCCAUUAUCGCUAUCGAAGAGCUUGCCAAAGUGGACCCUUCUGUCUCUGUCCUCUGCGACGUCCACAACACGCUGGUCAACACGAUAUUCAGGAAAUACGCGACAAAAGAGCAGCAAGACAAAUGGCUACCGCAGCUCGCUGAAUCCAAGCUCGGCUCGUUCUGCCUCUCUGAACCAGCCUCCGGGUCAGACGCGUUUGCUCUCCAGACACGUGCCAAGAAAGACGGCGACUCGUGGAUAAUAAACGGCUCCAAAAUGUGGAUAACGAAUUCUUACGAGGCUGAAAUAUUCCUCAUAUUUGCCAAUAUUGACCCGAGUAAAGGAUACAAGGGGAUCACCUGUUUCGUCGCAACCAAGGACAUGGGCAUCCAAAUCGCCAAGAAGGAGCAGAAACUCGGCAUCCGCGCGUCUUCCACUUGCACACUCAACUUUGACGACCUCAAAAUACCCGCUGAGAACGUUAUUGGUGGCGAAGGCAAGGGGUACAAAAUUGCCAUCGAAAUUCUCAACGAAGGGCGUAUCGGUAUUGCUGCCCAGAUGCUCGGCCUUGCUCAGGGCGCCUUCGACAAGGCGGUUCCAUAUACCUACGAGCGGAAACAGUUCGGACAGGCCAUUGGCACUUUCCAGGGCAUGGCAUUCCAGAUUGCUCAGGCUGCUGUAGAGCUGGAAAGCGCGCGUUUGCUGACAUAUAACGCGGCGCGGCGCAAGGAGGAGGGCAAGAGCUUCACCAAGGAGGCGGCGAUGGCCAAGUACUGGAGCAGUGUUGUUGCGCAACGGGUGAGCGGACAGGCGAUUGAGUGGGCGGGCGGGGUCGGCUUCACGCGGGAAACGGGGAUUGAGAAGUAUUGGCGGGACUCGAAAAUUGGCGCGAUAUAUGAGGGGACAUCGAACAUCCAGCUGCAAACGAUUGCCAAGUUUGUUCAGAAGGAGUACUCGUAA